AGCUGCACAACCACAAGAUCGCAAAUCGCAAACCUGCGAAAAGUCUUCACGCGACACAAUGGCGAAGGACAAGCCAGAAAAGAAAGAAAAAAAGGAGAAGAAAGAAAAACGCGCAGAGGUCGACGGUGUAAAGAAGUCGAAAAAGGAGAAGAAGGAGAAAAAGAGCAAGAGCGAGAAAGAAAUCAACGCACUGCUAAGUGAGGUCGAGGCGAAGGCGCAGACCAAUGCCGAAGCAGCAAAUGGUGGCUCUGAAGCCGUUGCUAAAGUCAAUGGAGUGGAUGCCGAUGAGGAGGUGCAGUUGAGAACGAUUCCGAAGGAGGCUCUGGUACCGUUUGCGAACCCUCUGGCCGAUGAGAAGCAAACCAGGAAGGUGCUGAAAGCAGUCAAGAAAGCGGCUAAACACAAGGUCCUCAAGCGCGGCGUGAAGGAGGUUGUUAAAUCGGUCCGCAAGACUGAAACAUCUGCACCCUCCAACAGCGGCACCACCAAUCCUCCUGGCAUCGUUAUUCUGGCCGCAGAUAUCUCGCCAAUGGAUGUCAUAUCGCAUAUUCCAGUUCUGUGUGAAGAUCACAACAUUCCAUACAUAUACGUGCAAUCACGAGCCGAGCUGGGCAUGGCUGGGAACACCAAAAGACCAACGAGCGUGGUAAUGGUAGCAAAAGACAGGGGCAAGGGCAAGCCCGUCGAAGAUUCCGAGUACCAUGAAAGCUAUUCCGAUUUGUUGAAGUUGGUCUUGAAGGCUGGCGGGACUGUGCGAAUAUAGUUCAGACACAUAUGGCAUCAUGGCAUCAAUAAGGGCUACGGCGUUAGGCAAUUGAUGUGGGAAUACCUUGCAUGGCAAGUGAGGAGACCAUGCGACAGUCAUAAACAAACUUAUUUUUCUCGGCAAACUGGACGAUUUUUCGAGUAGACUGUUCGCCUUGCUCCGCCCCAGCGUUUAUUCUUCUCAGUUUAUCUACUCGCAGGUGUUACGUCUUCCAACUCCGCGCUGACAUGCUUCAGUGACUCCUUCAUUCCUUCCACCCCAUUCCUUUCACUGACAUCUAGAGCAACCAAGAAUCUCGACACGCAAUUGUAUGCGCCGACAGUUGCGGUAAUCUCCACGACUUCACGUUCGUUGAACAGGCUCUUCAACCUCGCAAACACAUCGUCGGGCACCUCGCAGUCGAGCGUCAUGUAGUCCGUGUACUGUAGCACCGCUGCAUGCUGCUCAUCCAUGCCAAUCUUGGCGCUGAUUUCUGGCCGUGUUCGCGCAGGUACUGAAAGGAUGUAUUUCAGCCCUUCGAUUGGCAUCCCGCCGUCUCUCAGAAGUAACGGCGCAUGAUGCUCGAAUUCGUACCAAGCGCGAUUCAAAACUGCGACGCGGGUGAUGGCCGUCUCCUUUAUGGAGACCGAAAGUGUGGUUUGGGUGCGGACAGCGCCAAGUAGGGUGUUCCUGCACAUUGUCAACUGCGAUAUUCAAGAUUCAAUGCCGGACUGUCUUCAGAGAAGAAGCAGAAUAGUGCAUAUUACCAGCCAUUGGCUACAGGAGGACUAUGUAGCAAUGCCCUAUCCAACGAUAUCAAACCUCGUUCGCCUCGUCGUUGCCGAAUCCUCUGUACGAUUUCAUUGUCCGCAUC